AUGGAUGGACAAGCGCCCCCAAAAGCAGCACCCAAACUGGGGUCCGAGAAUGCUAGGGCUGGUACCGAUACUGGCGCUGGAGCUGGUACCGAUACUGGCGCUGGAGCUGGUACCGAUACUGGCGCUGGAGCUGGUACCGAUACUGGCGCUGGAGCUGGUACUGAUGCUGGCACUGGAGCUAGUACCGAUGCCGGCGCUGGAGCUGGCAUAGGUCAUGAAUCUGCGAGCGAGGGAGCCUCAGAGUCAACUUCUCACGCGACAACGACUACUCCGCAAGAUUCGAGCAGCAGGUCGAAUGCAUCUUCCACGCCAUCGGCUCUCCGUCCCGCCUUCCCUGGUGGCGUCCGCUUUGGAUCACUGCCGUUUGAAGAGAUCGAAGGAGGCCGUCUGCCAUUCGCCGUCCCCCACAACGCGAACGACCCCGACCGUCCUCGAGUUCCCAAGAUCACCAAGAAAAAAUGA